AUGGAAUCGCCGGUUUUAUUAGUUAAGAACCUUGAUCUGCUGAUUAGACAGGAACCACAGGAAGCCGUUGAAGAGUGUAAAUUUUGUAGAAGGAAUUUUGGAACAUUGAGUGGAAAAACACGUCACGAAGACAAAUGUCUACAGAAUCCGGCAAUUAAUAAAGAAUUGAGACGUUUGAGGUUCAGUUGUCACAAAUGUGGAUUUAAUUUUAGCUCCAAAGGCGGUUUCAAUAAGCAUAAAGCCUAUUGUGGCGUGUCGCAGAAGUAUGAAUCAGUGCAAGGAGAAGAUCCCACCUCGGUAUUACAAGAAGACGAAGGGGUCAAGUUUCCCUGUCAAUUUUGCAGAAAGAAUUUUGCCUCAACUCGCGGAAGAGGACUUCAUGAAAAUAAUUGUUCCACAAAUCCGAUAAUUAAUACCAAGCUGAAAAAGUUUCAAAUCUACAGUUGCUACAAUUGCGGUUAUAAUUUUAAUCAAAAAAGCGAAUUAACUAAGCAUAAACUCACUAAUUGUGGCGCAUCCAAUUUUUGUAAAAAAUGUAAUAAAACUUACGCAUCACUGGAUGCUCUAAAAAGACACCAUCGACGGGUCCAUCGUGAAUUGUAUCAAGGGGAAAAUUUUCCGACUCUUUACAUUCGGAGUAUUGAAUCACUAUCGGCACGUAAAGAAGAAGAAGAAAAUUACGAGGAAGAAGAGGAGGAAGUGGAAAAAAAAUUGACAUGUAGAUUUUGUAAUAGAAAUUUUGAGGCUAGUCGUGGAAAAACAGUACACGAAAAAAAAUGCUCCCACAAUCCGGCAGUUAAGGAAAAGAAUAAACGAUUUCUAUUUAGUUGUCAUUGCGGAGCAAAUUUUAAUCUGAAAUAUAAAUUCACCAGACACAAAAAGAAUGAGUGUGGCAAAACACAUAGAUGUUUUAUAUGUCAUAAAAUUUACAAAAGGCAGGAUUAUCUAACGCAACAUAUUCGUAAAGCAAAUAAAUUGACGACUUUAAUAGGAAUUCGAAAGCUGGAUAUUGAGAAGAAUGCUUAUUCGCAUCAUAGAGCUGAAGAGAGGAUAAAUAAAACGUAUUAUGAAAAUAUGAGAAAUUUUCAAAAAUCGAAAAAUGAUAAUAGAAAUUAUAUGAGUCAUUUGCUGUUUAGUUGUGAGGUUUGUGGUUAUAGUUCUUCGGAUAAAUACACCAUGAAUAGACAUAAAGCUUAUGAUUGUGGCGUGACGCACAAGUGUAAAGAGAAAUUUUCAUAUACGGCCCUGGCAUCGUUCGCCGGUAUAAUACUGUCAGUGCGGGUGGUAGAAGGGGUUCUCUCUCUCGGUGAGAGAGUCGGGUGGGGGCAGCGCAGUUGGCGGCGCGGGAGAAGUGGAAAACCGGGAAAGAGAGAGAGCAAGUCAACGAAGGAAGAAUCCACAACAAAAUCGCUUUGCACCACCGAAGCACCGCCAUCACGUUGUGCCCCCUAG